AUGAAUAAACUUUCGUCUGGCACUAUUAAAAAGAAUAAAAAAGCCAGAAAUAAAAGACAAUUACUAAAGCUUAGUGCUAAUCAUGAAACCACUGUCUUUGCUGUUACUUAUAGUUUGGAAUAUGCUAUUCAACAGACUAAAGAGAAGGUUGCUAAAAUCUCACAUGAAUGUCGUGAACAAAAUCGAAAAUUUAGAGAUCGUGAAUUCGAUUUAUUUGUAAAUAUGGAAGAUUGCCUUUAUAAUAAGAAAAAAGAAACUUUUAACGCUACCAACAUAAAACGUGUCACUAGCAUUUGUAAAAAGCCACAGUUUUUCAUUGAUGGUGUUGAGCCAAAUGAUAUUAAACAAGGGGGUGUUGGUGAUUGUUGGUUUGUAGCUUCAUUGGCCGUCAUUACAAAUAUUCCAAAAUUAUUAGAAACUAUCUGUGUUGCUAGAGAUGAAGAAAUUGGAGUUUAUGGAUUUAUUUUUUUUAAGGAUGGUGACUGGGUUUCAACUGUCGUUGAUGAUCAACUCUUUACAACUGGUAAAGAUGAUAAAGGAAAUUUUCAAUUAACUUUUGCCAUUGUAGGAGGUUGGACUGGUGAAGGAAUAGAAGAUAUAACAGGCGGUGUCUACACACUGUUAUUCACCACCGAUAUUUUAGAUAAGGAUAAAUUUUGGAAUGAUAUAUUAAAAAAUGUUAAUAAUAAUUUAUUACUAGGAUGUGCUAGAUUUGAAUUUAGUGAUAAAGAUAUUAAAGAUUUAAAAGGAACCAUUAGCAAUCAUGCUUAUAGUAUUUUACGUACGGCUGAAACAGAUGAUGGUAUUAAACUUUUGCAAAUGAGAAAUCCCUGGGGAAAAACUGAAUGGACCGGUGCAUGGAGUGAUGGAAGUAAAGAAUGGACUCCCGAACGUAUGAUUAAAUUAAAUCACCGAUUUGGCGAUGAUGGUACUUUCUGGAUGAGUUAUGAUGAUUUCCUUAAUUAUUGGGAUAUGGUUGACAUGUGUAGAUUAUUUGAUUCAAGCUGGAUGGCUUAUAUAACUUGGAUUAAUUACAAUGUUGUACCAAGAUCUAAAGGAAAGUUUAAGCUAAGUUUACCGGAAGAAUGUCAUCUGAUUAUUGUCCUUCAACAACCAGAUAGUAGAUAUUUUUGCGAUGAUCCUAAAUAUGAUUAUCAACUAAGUUUCCGAGUAUUCAAAGAAGGUGAUGAUUCAACUUAUUUAGUCCGUAGUCGUUCAACAUUUCCAUUCGCUUCUCGUAGCAUAAACCAUGAAGUUAAACUUCCAGCUGGAGACUAUAUAAUUAUUCCUCACGUAACCCGUGAAACUAUUCCUGAACCGGAGAAAAAAUCUGAUGAAAAUAAAGAUGAAAGUAAAGAAAAAGUAGUUAAUAUAAAAGAUAUAGAGAUAGAGAAAGAAAAUUGGGAAUUACAAUUGGGAUUAAGAAUUUAUAGUAAAUGUACAGGAAUUAAAUUGGAAGGAGAUCCAGGAGAAUUUCCCAAAAAGAAAGAUAAAAAAGAUGAAAAAGCAGAAGAUAAAGAUCCGGAGGUUGAUACUAAAGUCAUUAAACCUAAAGAUGAAGAAGAAAAAGAUAGUGAUAAAAAAGAUGAAGAAAAAGAUAGUGAGAAAAAAGAUGAUGAGAAAAAGAAUGAAUAA